AUGUCAGUGAUGGAAGUGGAUAGGACAUACCGAACCGUCACAUUUGAAUCAUCCUGUGGCACUCACGUGGCCAUUUCCAUCAGUGCGGACUGGCUUUGGAACUAUUUGAAGGAUUUUCAUUACGUUUUACCCUUGCCAAUCCUCAAGAUGGCCGUGAUACCAAAGAUCAUUGAAUUUUGUUAUCACUACUUGGAAGAACCCAUGGUCGACAUACUCCAUGGCAACAAUAACAACAACAGCAACCACUAUUAUGGCCCGUUGAUAGAGCAACACCACAGAAUGGUCCAACCACCAUGGUACACUUCCUUUUUGAAUCACCUGAGUCGAGACGUCAAAGGGGAACUGCUGAUUGCUUCCAGAAUCCUACAUAUUCAACCGCUGGAGGAUUUGAUAGGAGCGACCUUGUCCUUUCCACACAAAAAUUACAACUUGUGUGAUUUGCGAGAAAUCUUGUUUCUGGAAACAAAUAGUAAUCGUCGGCCACGACAAAAGCGCAAAUUGGAAGGUCAUCAGUACUGCGGAAGCAGAAAGCGCUAG